UUUCCCGUUUAUUAUCGGCAGAGGUCGCAUGGCAGAGGGAAGUCCAACCACUUCUGUACUGGAACCAAUGCAAGAAUAUGCAGCUCCAUAACAAAGCCCGUAUGGAGUCCUGAGAGCAGUGGAGAAAGCACGCGUCCGUGGGGGCUGUUUUAAUUGUUUUCUUUUUAAAAACAAACCAAAAAAAAAAAAAAGACCGUGAAAAAAAGAACCCACAGAACAGGAUCUAAGUUGGAGGUUUGCAUUGUUUGGCCAACACGUGCGUACCACCAAUGCAUUUGCACUCUCCGUUUAGAGCGAGUGAGUGAGUCUGUUUCGCAUCCUGGUGCCGGGCUCUGAAGGAGGACUGCGCAUCAGCGGAGUUGGUGCCGAAGUACGAAUGCGAAGAGAAGAGAAGAGAAGAGUGCACCGAAUAAAACUCCUGCACUUGUUUGGGGUUUUUUUUAUUUUUAUUUUUUAAUUUUAUUAUUUUCAGUGUGUAUAAUUACUCCUACUUUCUUGUGCUUCUGGCGGUGUGUUUGACAAGACAACAGUGAGUGAAACACGCCGAAAGUGAUUUCAUGCCUUCAGUCUCGCUCAGCCUGAGAUGGACGUGAGAUUUUAUCCUGCGCCCCCGGCAAAUGUGGGUUCAUGCUCCCUGCCGACUGAUCCAAGUUGCCUGAGCUCGCUGGACUAUUACCACUCGAACAAGGCCCAGUACAGUGUUAGGCUCCGCACAGCCUCCCCUUCAGGCAUCAACCCAUCUAGGAAAAGACUGGCCAUUGCUAUGUUUGAUGCUGACAACAUGUAUAUGAAUGACAGCAACCAAGAGUUUCGGUCACCAAAUCAGAGCUACUCCAGUCAGGGCAGAGGCAGCGGCGGCAGUGGAGGAGGAGGCGGAGGAGGAGGAGGAGGGGGCACAGGGGACGAAGACUACGAGAUUCCCCCCAUCACGCCUCCAAACCACAUCGACCCUUCUCUACUUCACCUUGCAGAGCACGAGUCGGGCUACCCCUUCCACUCUCUGCCUCACAACGGCUUGCUCAACACCUACUCCUAUCCCGAGCUGCCUGCCCUCAUGAUGUCCAACAUGCUGGGUCAGGACACUCACCUCCUCUCUGGGCCUAUGCACUCGAUAAGCAACGAGAAGCGGAGCGCGGCAGAAAUGAUGAAGCCCAAGCCCAAACCUCAGAAGAAGAAAAAGAAGAAGGAUCCCAAUGAGCCACAGAAGCCUGUGUCAGCGUACGCGCUCUUCUUCAGAGACACCCAAGCUGCCAUCAAAGGCCAAAACCCCAAUGCCACUUUUGGAGACGUCUCCAAGAUUGUGGCCUCCAUGUGGGACAGCCUCGGGGAGGAACAGAAGCAGGGCUACAAGAGAAAAACUGAGGCAGCUAAGAAAGAGUACCUGAAAGCGUUGGCUGCGUACCGAGCCAGUCUGGUUUCCAAGACAUACAAUGAUCCUGAACCAAAAAGUGCCCAGCAGACCAGCCAACCCUCUCACUUACUGCCCCCCAAACAGCCCCUGUACAGCGUGCCCCCUCAGUCUUCUUCACCCUACCUGGGCCCCCCAGGCUCCUUCCCGCUCUCCGAGCUCCAGAGCUACGGUGGGCCGCCGCGCCACGCCCUGGGCCCGACCCUCAGCCAGUCCCAAAUGCUCCCGCCCAGCAUGAGUGCCUCUCCCCCAGCACCCUUCCAGAUCAGUCCCCCUCUGCACCCGCACGCCCAGCUCUCCUUGCAUCUGAAUCAGCCAAUCCGCAUGCAGCAGUCGCAGCCAAUCAUCUCACACCAAAUGGGGCUCCAGGCGCCUCUGCAUUCCCCUCCGCUCAGCCAACAGGGAUUCUCCCAUCUUCAGGCUGAUUACCAGAACAGCGUCGGGGGCUCGCAGUCCCCAGGGGCACCCAAUCCAGUGCAUGGGCAGAACCCCGACUGGGAUGGCGAGUACUGCAACAGGGAAUGUGGACCCAACCACUGCGGCAGUGGCAUGGGAGCCCGGGACAAGCCUCUCUACCUCACUUGAAGUUAUAUGACCUCCACAUGUCAGACUCCAGAGAGCUUUCUAACAUAACAACAGCAUCAUUGAUGUAUCUGCUUUUUAUUCAUUUUGUUUUUCUUUCUUCUUCUUCUUCUCUUUCUUCUUCUUCUGAUGGAUUUUGAAAAUCCCAAAGACUGCUACAGUACCACCUUUUUGCCAAGCACUUAAUCGGCCACAAGCCCAAGGCACUUUCUUUGCUUUCUUUCUUUCUUUUUUUCCCCCUCCUGGUCUGUGAACAUUGUUUUUGGAGGUGGCAGUGAGCUUUAAGCUCAUGCCGGCAUACUGGAAAUGAGGGCCAAAAAUGUCCUCUCAUCUUGUUUGGAUUUUUUUUUUUUUAAUCGCUUUCCUUUUCACUCACUUCCUCUGUCUUUGCCAUGAACUAUCCUUGGUAGGAAGAUGAAAUGCUUAAAGCAUACUCAAAGGUAGAAAAUGUAAUACAGGAAAAUAGAAUAUAGUUGCUUCAUGAGGGGUGGACGUACUUCAGGACUUUCUGAAACAUCCCCGGCUGAAGGGAAAGCAACAUUUUAAUGAAGGUGUCGUUGAGAAUACAUAAGCCGUUUGUAAAUCAUUGCUCCGCUUACUAAAGGACUUUAUUUCCUUUAUCACAGAGUGAUUGUAAAUAUCACCAAAAUGGAACCCUCUCGUGUGUGUAUUAAGCUGGAGUCCCUCUGCCUUUUCGGUUUUUUUCUUUCUUUUUUUUAGAAAAAAAACCUCUCUUUUGUUUGGUUAUGUGAUUUUUCUGUGCAGCCGGAUUCAGUGAGGGGCCACACACAUUAAAGCUGUGUUUAUGUCUCUCCAAAAAAAGUAAAAGCAGGAAAUGCGAAGGCUGAAAACUGUUUGGUGUCCUUGUCGGCCGAGCGAAACUCCUUUGGAGGACAUCACUGCUUGCACGGCCUCAGGACGUUACAGGGGUUAACGAUUAAACCAAUCCCCUCUUAGCUCCUCCUACUCUUGUCAAUAAGGACCGCCUCCUUUGCCUAUAGCCCCGCCUUCCAUCCUUUUAGUCUCACAUCACUUGUACAGGUGAAGAAAAAAAAAAUAUGUUGCUAAAUGUGAAAUGUUACUAAAGAAAAAAAAAACAUACAGUGGGUUUUCAAGUUUUUGACUAGUUUCCU